CCAUUGGAAACGGUGGGAAGAGCUUUGGCACAAACUGGCAUCCAGUCCCCUCCUUCAGCUCUGCCCUUGCCUUCUAACCAUGUUACAACAUCCAGUCCCACUUCUUCAGCAGAGAGCGGGAACGUUGUGAAAAUCCAAGAUGAUAGAACCAUGAAUAUAACUUACGUCACAAAUUUUACCAACAGCACUGACGCCUCAUGGCCUGUGAAUGAUUCGAACAUCUCAGAGGCACCCUCCACAGCUAGCGGGAGCUUCAUGAACAGGCAGGUCCCAGCCACCACGCAAGGCCCAUGGGGGUCUGGGAACCAGUCGGGUCCAGCUCUGGGUCCUCCUCACGAAAAAAACACCAUCUGCCUGGACAAAAUGGACAUUGUGUGGUUGGUUCUUGCCAUUAGCGUGCCUGUCUCCUCAUGCUCUGUGCUGCUUACCGUAUGCUGUAUGAGGAAAAAGAAGAAGUCUGCAACUCAGGAGAACAACUUGAGCUACUGGAAUGAUGCCAUCACCAUGGAUUACUUCACCCGCCAUGCUGUGGAGCUCCCACGCGAGAUACAAUCACUGGAGACUGAGGAACAAGAGACGUGUCUGCCCCCUAAUGGUGACUACAGUGAUAGCGGCGUGGUUCUGGUUAACCCCUUUUGCCAAGAGACUCUCUUUAUCAACAGAGACAAGGCAUCUGAUAUCUAAACACACUAUAUUAGAAGAAGGAAGAUUUUCCAGUCUCUUUUGUUUGCUCGCAUUUUUUAAGAAUAUAUAUAUAUAUAUAUAGAAUAUAAAUAAAUAUACUGUAUAUACAUAUAUGUGGUGAAUCUUCAGAGACUACGGUUUAUAUAUGAAACUGGUUUCAAGGAGCUGAAAGAAUAUUACAAAACAGAACAAAUGCUAUUUACUAUGAGGGGGAGCCCCUGCAUAUUUUUCUGAUGUGGAUUUUCUACAGACGCUUCAUUGUGAUAAGGGUUUUUAUGUCUUUUUUUGAAUAAAAACAAUAAGUGUAGUUGCUCUUAUGUUCCAGUGGCUUUGGUGGUGCAGAGUGCUGAGAAACAUGACACGUGGUGUAAGGAUGCUUGUGUGACGUUACCCAAAACACUUAAUAUGAUUACUUAAAAAAGCCUGCCGCACUUGAAUUCUGUAUGUAAGGGGAUGCAGGGUAAAGGGCAUUGAUUCUGGAACGCUUCUGGAAUGGGUCCAGUGGGUACUGCAGCAACCCUCGCUUCCCUCGUGGAGGAACUUGAGUUGAUUGCCUGUUUGCAUUUGAUGGAGGAUGAAUCAUGACUUUCCGAGGUGGUUUGUCCCCAGUCACCAGCCAAAAGACAAAAAAACGACAAUUAUCCCAUUCCUUAGAUGUUUGAGAUGUUUUCGUGUGCGUAUAUGUCUUGUUGCAUGCAUCUUUUCUGAUUUGAGGUGUAUGUGUGUCUUAGAUGUCAAACAGGAUUUGGUUUCUAUCAAGAUUUCGUUGUUAAAAGCACCCUAAAAUUCCAUUUGCGUUGACACAGUUGCACAAGCAAGUAGAAAAAAACGCUUAAAUGCCAAUGAAAUGCCUCAUACAAAGCCCUUUGUAUGGUAAUGUUACUGUGCUCCACAUUUCACAUCAUAUAUGUUCAUGCUGUACGUGUUUGUGUUCAACUUUCAUAAGCAGGGCUAAGCAUUAUACUGUAUAACUGUAGUGGAAAUGCAUUCAGUUUUUUUUUUUUUUUAUUAAACCUCUAUAUUUGUUUAUUAGCUAUGACAUGCUCUGAUGAAAAUGGCACUAUUAUUGCUUAACAGGUUGGCUAAAUCUAUAUAUAUUUUGUUAGAAGACAUGUUUUUCUUAGUGAAGGGUGAAUGAGUGUGCUUGUGGUUCUGUCUGUCUAUCUCUGUCCCUUGUGUGAACAUUGACGAGAAUAAAUGAGACCAAAAUGAAUUUCUCUUUGAUUCUCAAGUGCUUACUGCUGUACUGUACAGUUUUUAGAUGAAUGUCAAUGAUAUCACUGGAUGUAAUAGAGUGUAAUUGUUAGAUAUGAAUACAUACAGAGAACCUGUUUUAUUUUGUACUUUCUUUAAACACAUGCCACCGAGGUUGGUAACAUGUUUUAAAACCAUAUCAUCAUCUUUUCUUUACAUAUCCCUUUUUUUUCUGUAUGCUUAGCAGAUUUUAUAUAAAUAUUGUUUUAAAUGAAUUUGUAGAUCGAUGUUUUCCUUUACUUCUGUUUUUCAUCGUCUCCGUCCAUUUAUUUUGUGCCGGCAUGGGUUUUAGAUAUGUAAGGAGAGGGAGUUAAUUGCUCAGCUGACAGAAAAAAAUCGUUCUUGCAUAUUAUGAAUCAUGUCUUAUAUUUUGUAGCACAUAAACUGUACUUUUUACUGCUGAGCAAUACAAAUAAAAAAAGCUUUGAAGGCUU